AGUUUCAUGAAAAUCUAAACUAUUAGUGAAAAUCAAAUAAAAAUAAUGGGCAGUAGUGAGGGUCAAGAAACACAUGUCCUAAUGGUUACACUAGCAUUCCAAGGUCACAUCAAUCCAAUGCUCAAACUCGCCAAACAUCUCUCGUUAUCAUCAAAGAACCUACACAUCACUCUCGCCACUAUUGAACCAGCCCGUGAUCUCCUCUCCACCGUAGAAAAAUCUCGUAGUCCGGUGGACCUCGUGUUCUUCUCCGACGGUCUGCCUAAAGACGAUCCAAGAGUCCCUGAAACUCUUUUGAAGUCAUUGAAUAAAGUAGGAGCCAAGAACUUGUCUAAAAUCAUUGAAGAAAAGAUAUACUCUUGUAUCAUCUCUUCGCCUUUUACUCCAUGGGUUCCAGCUGUUGCAGCUGCUCAUAACAUCCCUUGUGCAAUCCUUUGGAUCCAAGCUUGUGGAGCUUACUCGGUUUAUUACCGUUACUACAUGAAGACAAACUCUUUCCCUGAUCUUGAAGUUCUGGAUCAAACGGUGGAGUUACCAGCUUUACCAUUGUUGGAAGUUCGAGAUCUUCCAUCGUUUAUGUUACCUACUGGUGGUUCUCACUUCAAUAAUCUAAUGGCGGAAUUUGCUGAUUGUUUGAGGUAUGUGAAAUGGGUUUUGGUUAAUUCGUUUUAUGAACUCGAAUCAGAGAUAAUCGAAUCGAUGUCUGAUUUAAAACCCGUAAUCCCGAUUGGUCCUCUUGUUUCUCCAUUUUUGUUGGGAGCUGAUGAGGACGAAACCCUAGAUAGUAAAAACCUAGAUUUGUGCAAAUCUGAUGAUUGUUGUUUGGAGUGGCUUGACAAGCAAGCUAGGUCUUCGGUUGUAUACAUAUCUUUCGGAAGCAUGCUCGAAUCAUUGGAGAAUCAGGUCGAGACCAUAUCGAAGGCGCUGAAGAACAAAGGAGUUCCAUUUCUCUGGGUGAUAAGGCCAAAGGAGAAAGCCCAAAACGUUGAUGUUUUGCAGGAUAUGGUGAAAGAAGGACAAGGGGUUGUUCUCGAGUGGAGUCCACAAGAAAGGAUUUUGAGCCACGUGGCGAUCUCUUGUUUCAUCACGCACUGCGGCUGGAACUCGACAAUCGAGACAGUGGUGGCUGGUGUUCCUGUAGUAGCAUACCCGAGCUGGACGGAUCAGCCGAUUGACGCGCGGUUGCUUGUUGAUGUGUUUGGAAUCGGAGUAAGGAUGAGGAAUGACACUGUCGAUGGCGAGCUCAAGGUCGAAGAAGUAGAAAGAUGCAUUGAGGCUGUGACAAAGGGACCAGCUGCCGCGGAUAUAAGAAGGAGAGUGGCAGAGCUGAAGCAUGUCGCAAGAUCGGCGUUGGCACCUGGUGGAUCUUCGGCUCGGAAUUUAGACUUGUUUAUUAGUGAUAUCACAAUCGCCUAACUCUUUACUUUGAAAUAAAUUAGUACAAAAUGU